AAGUUUUAGGUCGUUGCCACACACUGCCUGCCUGACCUCACCCUUCAAAGCCUCUUUAUUAUUUCACUCACAAGUAAUUCAAGCCAGGGCAACUGCCCGCGCAUGCGCAGUGAGCUGUUCCGGGCUGGCUUGAGUCUAUGGUUUAGUGGGGUAAAGGUGAAGGGCUGCAGCUGCAGUCCAGCACAACAACUGAACGGCUGCUACACCGGCUUAUACAAGAAACCAAACCCGCACAAGUUCACAACAUUUCCGCUGAAAGCCUACAGAGCCCGCGGCAGGUGAGCAACGGGAGCUAACGGUCCAGGUUUACAGUGUAGCUAAAGAGGUAAGAAAUGGCAAAUCAGCUGUCUCAGUCUCUGCCGGAGCAGACCUUUCAGUACCAAAACAGUCUGCCACCCCUGCCUGUCCCCUCACUGCAGAGCAGCCUUUCUAAGUACCUGGAUGCAGUUCGUCCGUUCGCCUCUGAGAAAGACUUGAAAGCUACGGAGGAGACUGUGAGGAAAUUCCAAGCGGGUGUUGGCCAGGAGCUGCACAAGAAACUCCUCCAGAGAGCCAAGACAAAGAAGAACUGGCUGGAAGAAUGGUGGUUGGACACGGCGUAUCUGGAGGUGCGCAUCCCCUCUCAGCUCAAUGUGAACUUUGGUGGCCCAGCACCCUACCUGGAGCACUGCUGGCCACCUGCAGAGGGAACUUACCUGCAGAGGGCCAGUAUUAUCACAUGGCACACACUGCAGUACUGGAACCUGCUUCGCACAGAGAGGCUGGCUCCUCAGAAAGCAGGGAAAACGCCGUUGGACAUGGACCAGUUCAGAAUGCUCUUCUGCACCUGUAAAGUACCUGGAGUGAAGAAAGACACCAUUCGAAACUACUUCAAGACAGAGCGUGAGGGUCCGUGCCCCUCCCAUUUGGUAGUGAUGUGCCGGGGGAGGAUAUUCACAUUUGAUGCACUUUGUGAUGGAGAAAUCCUCACUCCUCCAGAAAUUCUCAGGCAGCUGAGCUAUGUGAAGGAGCGCUGUGACUCAGAGCCAGAGGGAGACUGCGUGGCCGCGCUCACCUCAGAGGAGAGGACUCGCUGGGCGAAGGCCAGAGAGCAUCUAAUAAGCAUCGAUCCACACAAUAACACCAUCCUGGAGACCAUCCAGAGCAGCUUGUUCGUCAUUUCUCUGGAUGAAGUGAAACCCUACUCUACCCCAGAGAACUACUCAAAUAUGACCGCAGAAGCUCUCACAGGCAACCCCACCAUCCGCUGGGGUGACAAAUCGUACAACUCAAUCGUGUUUUCAGACGGCACGUUCGGAUCCAAUUGUGAUCAUGCGCCGUAUGAUGCUAUGGUGCUGGUGUCUAUGUGCUGGUAUUUGGACCAACAGCUCAGAGCUACAGAGGGCAAAUGGAAGGGCUCAGAGGCAGUCAGACCAGUGUCCUUCCCCGAGGAGCUGGUGUUCACUGUGGAUAAAAAAGUCAUCGACGAUAUCAGUCAUGCCAAAAAGCAACACAUCAAGUCGGCACAGGACCUCCAGGUUGUGUGUUACGCUUUCACAGCAUUUGGUAAAUCCACCAUCAAACAGAAUAAGCUCCAUCCAGACACUUUUGUUCAGCUGGCGAUGCAGCUGGCCUACUACAGACUGCACAAGAAGCCAGGAAGUUGUUAUGAGACGGCAAUGACGCGCAAGUUUUAUCAUGGCAGGACUGAGACGAUGCGCCCCUGCACCCAGGAGGCCGUGAAUUGGUGUAAAACCAUGACGGACCCCACAUGCAAUGAUGGCGUCAGGAGGAAGGCCAUGCUGCAAGCCUUCAGUAGACACAACGACCUGAUGGCUGACGCACAGGAAGGACAAGGUUUUGACAGGCAUCUUCUGGGGCUGUAUCUUAUUGCCAAGGAGGAGGGACUUCCAACCCCAGAAUUAUUUAUGGAUCCCCUUUACGCAAAGAGUGGCGGUGGGGGUAACUUCGUGCUGUCGUCCAGUCUGGUGGGCUACACUACAGUUCUGGGGGCUGUGGCUCCCAUGGUGCACCAUGGCUACGGCUUCUUUUACCGCAUCAGGGAUGACAGGAUUGUGAUCUCCAUGUCAGCGUGGAAAUCCUGCCAUGAGACGGAUGCUCCAUCACUGUUCAAUAGCUUCAGUAGCUGCCUGCAUGAGAUGCUCCAGUUAGCCACCACUUCUCAGCUAUAAACCUACUUAGGCAGGGAAACAGGACAAUUUAGAUGUCCAUGUUGUACCACAGAGAGCCUGUUUUAAAUAUCAAUGCACUUGUAGUUGUUCUACUCAAUGGUGACAGCUAGAUCAGCACGAAUCAAUGCAAAAGGUGCAGAAUCUGUACCUCGUAUUUUUUUUUAAUGUAAACGUAAAUUACUCAAGAUUAUAUGUAGUUAUUAACAUUGUGUAAACUGUUCUUUUGGGUGUGUACUGCUCUUUUUUCCUUCCUGAUUCAACGCUCGUUUUUAUUUUGACUGUUUAGUUUGAAAUCCUGACAGUAUUAUUCCACAUUUUAAGAUAAAAUGUAAACCGCUAAGUGGCUAACGACUCCUGUUUGCCUUAGUUUUCACUGUGGAAAAACCCUUUGCCAGUAAUCGUAGGAAAGAGCUGUUAGGCUUGAACUGAAGCUGAGUAAAGUUAAACACUACUGAAUUGUAACACUGUGUGGAAGCUCGUUUCUGAAGCUUUUGCAGAGUUAAUUCAACAUUUCUACUUCACUCUAAAACAACCUGAAAUUUGUACUAAUGGAUGCUUCUACUGACUAUUGUGGACAAAUAUUUGAUCGUCUUGUCAAAACAGUGCCUACAGAUAAAGGAAAUGCACUUGAAUACCACAAGAGGACGUGAAUGUACCCCAUCACAUGAAGUGCACACACUGGGCUAAUUUAAACUCAUUAAAAGAGAGAAGUAGGCACGACUUGUGCAAGUUUGUUAAAGCCAAGGUUUGACUUCCAGUUUCCCAGUACCGAUUCAGUCUACACAUUAUGCAACUUUGUUUUUAUUUUCAUGUCCAAAUGUUGGGGACGGUGUUUACUUUGGGUUUCAAAGAGUGGCUGACGUAAAAAUCUGUUGAAACACUUUCUACA